UUAGCUUCCAGUCGUUCGCUCUCGCUGUCGUGUUUGUGUUCUCGAUCGCGGGAAAUCGUAAUUAAAAAUCGGAAUCAGAAUUAGUUAAUGCUGGAGACCCCGGGCCGGGUGAUAUGGUGAAACUCCUCCUCGGCGUCGUCGGAAAAGCCCAGCGCGCGUCGCGAUAAAAACCGAUAAAGGCCAGUGGCAGCUGAUGCUUCCAUAAAAGCGCCUGCGCGCUGCCCCAUUGGAUUCACUCCACGCCGGCGCACAGAACCGAACGAACACGUUCCACCGAUCCAGCGAUCGACCAAACCAAGCUUUACUUGGGAUCCAACAACCUGGUGACCAAAUCACUUGGCAUCCCCAAAAACCAAUGCCGAAACAGUAACCCACACCGAAAUAAGAAACAAUAAAAAACCGGAGACAGAGACCAGCGACCAGCGACCAAAAACGGUUCAACUAAAGCGGCGAGAGCGAAACUAAAGUGAAAAGCAAACCGACUAAUUGAAGUGUCGUCGUCUGUCUCAGUGUCUUGCAAACGUGCAAAGGAAACAAACAAAACGGGAAACGGAAUAGGCGACGUCGCAACACCUAAUAGCUAACAAAUUAUUUAUAAAUAAAUACCAAUCCGGCGGCCACAACUACGGCUACAAUAAUAGCAACAAUAAUAAUAACCAACGCGAAUAAAGACCGGCAUUAACAUUUAGUCGUGCCAGUUUGUUUAUUUUACACACACAUACGCGCGCAAGCCCCAUUAAAAAUAUCAGAUCGAGAUAUAAACAAAGUCGGAAACCGAUUCGCGGAUCCCCUGCUCUGUGUAUUAAGCCCCGAUCCCGACGCAGACGGAAGCCGUCCUCAGAAUAUAUAUAGUUAUAUAGACACAGGAAGAAAAUGCCGCCCAUGUGGUUCAAGAUGAUCAAGGUCCUGGUACUGCUCUUCGCCCUCUUUACCACGAUAGUUUGUAUCAAUAGCGAAAUAUCGAAGCGGCGCGAGGCCGAGGCAGCAGCGGCAAGUGCAGCGGCAGAGUUGGCGGCCUUAAAGGCCGCCGCCAGCGGGAACUCGUCAGGAAAUUCCAAUGCUUCCGACGCCGACAUGUCCGGCUUUACGUCCGAAAACGUGCUCGCGAUUCUGCGCGGACCCAAUAAGACCAAGGAGUUGCAGGCCGAGGAUAUCAAUGAAAUCCUGAAAAAGCUCUUCAUUGUGAACGAUGAUAUGGGUUUACACCUCUUUAAUACCACGACGACCGCGGACAGUGCACCCUCCUCACCAGUCAUGCCCAUACCCACCAUGCCGGGGUCUCAGCCCCAGAGACAGUCCCCGGUCCCGGUCCCGACCAGCCAUUACCAUCAGUACCACGGCCUAAGCCAGCCAGACCAAUACUUCAAAGUGCAGCGUUCCCCGGAUGGCAAGCUGAAUCUGGUCUUUAACGACACAUUCGUAUCCUUGCAGGGGACCCACGCCCAGGCCCAGCCCCAGGCCCAAGCCCAGCCACAGUCGAGCCCGACUCCGCGCACCCGUGUGCCGUCGGACACCUUUGUCUUCCCAGGAACAGAGGAAAGGUAUCGUCUGAACAACAACAUCAGCAGCUCCCAGUGCGGGGACGAGCCCAACCAGGAGUCCAAGUCCUUCUGCACCCAGGUGGACAACUACCCAGACCUCUCGGCCCUCAAGCAGAAGCUGGCCGGUAAAUUCGCUAGGUUCUUCAACGACGAACUCAUCCAGCCCACGGACGUGAGUGCCCGGGUGGGCUCUGCCGAUGACGAGGUGUUCCUGUGCCGCACCAACAGGCGGAUCCUGUACCCGAAGAAGGGUCUGAAGGCGGACAACUCGUGGCAGCUGAUCGUCAACGACGAGGAGUUCAAGCAGGGCAUUCAGAUCGAGGAGUGCGAGGAAAAGGAACUGCCCUGCGGCUAUGCCGAGAACUUCCCGCAGCGGUACAAGCCCGUCUGCCGGCAGCACUAUGUGAUGCGGAACCUGGCCAGCAUUCCCAACACCGGGCAGCUGGACGUGGUCCAGGACGUCUUCAAGAUCCCCUCCUGCUGCAAGUGCGUGCUGGUGAAAACCCUGUGAGGCGCAGGGCCCAGUGUGAAUGCGAUUUGUGAUUUUAGGGCAUCAAAGUUUCACCCACCACAGAAUGGCAGGCCAAACUGUCCAGGGGAUCGUUGUUUUAUUUCAAAAUCCGAACUCUUGAUCUUAAUUUUAAUGCAAUUAUUCAGAAUUCAUCUUAGUCUGCGUUUAAAAUAAUUUUAAAAAUCUAAAUCUAAAUCGAGUCAACGUCAAACUAUUCGUGUCAUAUUUCCCAUAAUGACUUGCUUCCCUGUCUAACUUUUAAGCUAGAAAUGCAUGCAAUUAGUCCUAAAAAAUACACAAAAAAAAA